UCGAAUAAAUGAAUCAUUUCGUUCCCUGUUAAAGCUAUUUAUUAUUAUUAAUUAUCUAUUUAUGUAGCGUUCUGUCUAAUACCCACUGACACCCAUCUCUGAGUUCUAUAGCUAGACUCUGGAAAUAAGCUGUCCGCUCCUAAUCAAACAACCACCCGGUGGUUCAGUACGCGGUCUCGAUGAAUCCAUUUCGAAGAGAAUUAAUCGCCUGCGAUAUAAUGCUUUCCUAUCCAGAAGUAACCACAUUCAGUCCCGCCCUAACCUCGAAAGCUCAAAUAGAGAUUGACGAUGAACUUGUGGCGCUUCAAGAGAGAAUACGAGCUCUUCGGACACACAGAAACAGUCUCUCUCCCGUAUCCUCACUCCCCCCAGAGAUCCUCGGCGCCAUUUUCGUCCAUCAUGUUCAGAAGACGCAGUCGCUUUAUGUUCCUCAUGCCCCUGCUGUUCUUUCAUGGCUCAAAGUCGGACAUGUGUGUCGCCAUUGGCGCGAGGUUACCCUCGGGACACCAGAGUUAUGGUCUGCACCGUUUCUCAAUUCUUUACAAGCCACGGAAGAAAUGCUCCUGAGGUCCAAAAUGGCUCCUUUGAAAUUGAGAAGCGGUUUUCGAUAUCGUAUGGACUGCGUCCAAAAGGCGUUGAUGCACGUAGAGCGUUUGCAGGAGAUUUCUCUCCUCCCGUCCUCCAAUGGUGGCACGACGUAUGUCAUGCACCGCUGCAUUACGGAACUCCUCGACAAAUUAUCAUCUCGUUCUGCUCCCAAACUACAAUCGCUUGCUUUGGAAGUAGGGCCUGAACAAACACCACGCAUAGCAAUUCCCACUUCUUUCCCCGCACCCAACCUUCGCGACCUUCAAAUCAAUCGCUGUGAUCUAUCAUGGGCAUCUUCCGUCCUCACAGGACUCACUGUCCUUGCCAUCAAAAAAUUAUCACCUGAAUGCCUUCCGACUUUAGACCAGUUGAUCUCUGCGCUCCGUCGUAUGCCUGCUCUGCACUCUCUUACAUUAGAAGAUGCUCUUCCGAUUCUUCCCCCCCAAAUGGUGUCACUCCCUCCCACAUCUCGUGCCAUGAACGUUAGACUUCCCCACUUGAAACGGUUGCGUUUGACGGCGAAAAUAUUGGAAGUGGCCAACGUGCUAGCUUGCAUUGAAUCAACAACAUCGGAAGUUCAACUCGUAUGCCGAGCAUUUUCAGAAAAUCCGAAUCGAGAAUGGAAUUUGAGCAUCCCCGUCAUCUCUCGUGUCUUGGAACAUUGCUUCAAAGACAGUCCAGAUAAGUCUCGACAAAUCCCACGUUCCAUGCAACUGUCCUCCCCUACUGGUUGCAUUUGUUUGCAUUAUAGUGCGAUCCGGAACACUCCCUCGCGGGCGAGGGGAUUAACGUCUUUUCUGGAUCUCGAUUUUUCGGCGGAGUGCUCUGUCAAUCUUGAUUUUUAUUCUCCCGAUGACAUGAGGAGGACAAUUCUUUGCGACUUGCAGAGGAUCGUUCCUCUUGGGAGUAUCGAGGCCAUGUACUUCGACUUUUCCUUCGCUUGUUGGGAUGGUUUCUGGACUGAUCUUCUUGGCCGCGGCGCUGCCCGUAAUCUUUCAUAUAUGUACUUGCGAGGGCCAUACCAGGCUCUCGAAGAACUUCUUAAAUCCCUGCGUUCACGGAAGCACAGUGUUUCGCGGCCCGAACCCAUUUUUUCCCCAGUACUCUCCCAUCUUGUCCUUCACGAGCUAGAUUUUGAAUCCUCUAGCGCGAACUUUAUUCGACCCUCUGAUCUCCUUGAUGUGCUCAUCGAUCGCGUCAACGGAGGUCGGGGGUUAGACCACCUUGAGAUUAUUCAAACCUCGGGUAUCUUCGCCCCUGACGCGCAUUCCAGCGAAAACUUCGACCUCGACUCGGAUGUCUAUGACAUGGAAGAAGAAGAAGAAGAAUAUUACGACGAUGAUGGUAUUUACAGUGACGGAUACUCUUCCUGAAAAUCAUGCUGGGUGCAUUGCAUGCAUAGUUAGGAUACAAUGCUGUGGUGUUCGAUUUUGCAUUCUGUUGUAU